AGGGAGGAAACGCAAGGAAGAGAUGCCGGGCACUGCACGACAUGACAGGGAAAUGGCCAUCCAAGCCAAGAAAAACCUUACCCGCACCACCGAUCCAAUCGAGAGGCUACGUCUCCAAUGCCUGGCAAGGGGCUCAGCAGGCAUCAAAGGCCUGGGCAGGGUUUUCCGCAUCAUGGAUGACAACAAGAGCAGGACCCUGGAUUUCAAAGAGUUCGUGAAAGGGCUCCAUGAUUAUGCUGUGCUGAUCGACAAAGAUGAAGCUGAAAAGAUUUUCCAAAUCUUUGACAAAGAUGGGAAUGGAACAAUUGACUUUGAUGAAUUUCUCCUAACGUUAAGAAUCAGUGCUGUUGUGGACCCAUUUCCACCCACAUUUCCUAUCAGCUAA